AUGCGUUCUCCCGUCUCCUUUUUUCUCAUUUUCAUAUGCUUUCAAUUUGCCCUUUCAUGGGGCUGGAACAACUACGGAAAUUAUGGCCAACCUCUCCCCAACAACAACGUUGGAAUUGGCUAUCCUACUGCUUAUGGUUUAUGGACGGGUAGAGGACAAAACAAUGGUGGAUGGGAUGGCUACAAUAAUGGUAAUACUCACCCAGCUCAAGGAACAGGCUUUGGUAGCCCUUUGCGGUGUCUGAAUGGUGGAGCCCAUAUCGGACAAUGUCGUUUGGAUAAAGAUUCGAUUUGCAUAGCCUUAGGUGGAACUUGUAUUCAUGGGGCAUGUUGUACAACUCCCUUUGUAGGAUUAUUAACUACUACAACACAAGCACCUCUUAUUGAUGGAGAUGUAACAAUAGCAUCAGUGCCGAGCAGGAGAACUAAGAGACCUGAAGAAUCUAUUGAGAAGGAAAAACGCCCUAUAAUAGAUUCCGUUGAUCCGAUUGAAAUCGAAGAGUUCAACAGAGUAAUCCAAUCAGCUAAGACAACACCUUCACCAAUAAUUGAAACGACAGAAAGCUCUACUGAAGAUGAUUAUGAAUCAGAAACUGAAGCACCUCUGAAGCUCUGUUCGUCUGGUUUGCGAGCUGUUGGCCCAUGUGCAGACGAUGACGAUUGUCCAUCAUUACAUAUGUGUGAAGCUAAUCAAUGCUGUUAUAUUGUAUAA